AUGAAGGAUGAACAUAAUAUUAAAUUCACUGCUCAAGAUUUAUAUGACAAGAAAGCAGACAAAACAGAGCUUCAAACAUUAAAGACAGAAAUACUUCAAACAUUAUAUCCUAUAGGCUCUAUUUAUACGUCAAUGAACUCAACAAAUCCAGCAAGUGUUUUAGGUUUUGGUGAAUGGAAGCAGAUUGUAGACAAAUUCUUAUACUGUGCUAACUCUUCAAAGCAAACAGGAGGUUCGAAGAAAAUUAAAGAAGCAAACCUUCCACCGCACACUCAUACAGGAACUACAAACACAACAGGUAGUCAUUCACAUUCAAUAACAAAAAGAGGUUAUACAAAUCUUGCAGCAGGUUCGGAUAGACAGGGAAUGCAUAGAUAUGAUAUUUCAAGCGACCCAGUAGAUUCAAGCGCAGGUAUUUUCUGUGGAACCACAGGAAAUCAUUCACACACUUUCACAACAAAUCCAACAGGCUCGGGUGCAGAUUAUAUGCCACCAUUUGUGACUAUAUUCGCAUGGUACCGCGUUCAAUGA